CCACUAGCUUCAGCUUUAUAUGUUUGUGCCCGCCUGGACUGCUUAGAGCCUCCCUUUGGCACCCUUCUGCGUGUGUUUACCUCCAACGGUCUGCUUACCUUGGCUGAUUUGCGUCAUUGUGGCCCAAUCAUACACCUCUAGGGCGUUCCCUGUAAGAAAUUGGGCUGAGCAGCCCAGACCGCGAGACGUGAGGGCGUGAACGUGCGCGGAUGUCGCUCCAUGCUGCGCUUCUGCGCGCUGGCGCGCCAUGGCUAGCGUCCUCAGCUCAGCAGCUUGGCGGGGGCCUGGCGGCCGCGGCCACGUCUGCGUCGCAGCGGCUGUCGGGGACCAUCGGCAGCAGCUUGGGAUGGGCGGGGGCCGUGACGGGGUCUCAGACCGCGACCUUCUCGAGCGCUAGCUCGGCGACGCAGGCGCCGGCCGAGGCCGCGGCGGCCGUAAAGACGUCGGAGGCGUCGAGCUCGGGCGUGGCGCCGGCGGUGGCGGUGGACACGCUGCGGCGGAAGCUGGCGCAGGGCCCCGACUUCUCUGACUUCCUGACGGGGUCGGAGGUGGUUGAGAAGUACAGCGUGGAGGCACCCAGCUGGACGGCCAAGAAGCGGAAGCCGGAGUGGAUGAAGCGAAACAAACUGCCGGGUGGAGACAAGUACACAGAGAUCAAGGCCAAGCUGCGCGAGCUGAAGCUGAGCACGGUGUGUGAGGAGGCGCGCUGCCCCAACCUGGGGGAGUGCUGGGGCGGCGGCGACGGCCACACCGCCACCGCCACCAUCAUGCUCAUGGGCGACACCUGCACACGCGGCUGCAAGUUCUGCGCGGUCAAGACCAGCAAGGCGCCGCCGCCGCUGGACCCGCACGAGCCGGAGAACGUGUCCAAGGCCAUUGCGGCCUGGGGGCUGGAUUACGUGGUGCUCACCAGCGUGGACCGCGACGACCUGCCCGACGGCGGCGCCGCCCACAUCGCCUCCACCAUCCGGCUGCUCAAGCAGAAGACGGAGGGGCGGCUGCUAGUGGAGGCGCUGGUGCCCGACUUCCAGGGGGACAUGGGCGGCGUGCAGACUAUUGUGGAGGCUGGCCUGGACGUGUACGCUCACAACAUCGAGACCGUGGAGCGCCUGCAGGGGCAGGUCCGCGACCGGCGUGCGGGCUGGGCCCAGAGCCUGGCCACGCUGUCCGCCGCCAAGCGGGUGUCGGGCGGGCGGCUGCUGACCAAGUCCUCCAUCAUGCUGGGCUGCGGCGAGAGCCGGGAGGAGGUGGUGGACACGCUGAAGGCGCUGCGCGCCAACGGUGUGGACGUGGUGACGCUGGGGCAGUACAUGCGGCCCACAAAGAAGCACAUGGCAGUGGCCGAGUUCGUCACACCGGAGGCGUUCGCGGCCUACGAGCAGAUCGCCAAGGACUUGGGUUUCCUGUACGUGGCCAGCGGCCCCAUGGUCCGCUCCUCCUACCGCGCCGGAGAGCUGUACAUCACCAACGUGCUCAAGGGCCGCCGCGGCGGGGAGGGCGAGGGUGGAGAGGGCCAGCAGCAGCAGCAGGGCCAGCAGCAGCAGCAGGCACGGGCGGCCACGGCAUAACCCGGCGCCACGGCAGGGGGUCGCCACGGCGGGAGAUGGCUGCGGUAUCGGGUGGCGUGCCUGUGUUAGUUAGGGCGUUAACGCCCGCAUAGGGGAAUGGAAAGAACAUACCACCUUUGGGGGGCGAUGUAGCAACAGCAACGAUGGAGGAGGGCCCGCACCGCGCUAUGGCGGUGCAGGUGGCCUGGCGUGUGGGUCCAGGGGCCUGGAGAGGUGGUGGCUGUACUGCACUGGAUUGUCUGGGUGCGCAAUGGCGCGCGGGUUGGGUUGCGUGGCCUGUAUCGGUUCGGGGGGGGGGGGAAAGCGUAGGGGUGUCGGGCGGGCAGCAGUACGCGCGCGUGUGGAGCGUGCGUGGCUGUGUGCGCUGGGCGGGUGUUGCGUGUGCGUGUUUGGUGACCAGGGUUUUUUUUGAGUGGUGCGCAGAGAUACGUGUGUUUUGGGAGACGAGGCAGUGCUUGGAGACGUGUGUGGUGCGGCCGCAGGUGACGGACCUGCCGGGUAAUGGGCAACGGAUGGUAGCGAGCACCUAGGCACGACGUCCGAGGCCCUCGAGGCCUCACCUGCAAACCGUUUGCGGGAACGCAUGACAAAGCAUCUAUCUUGAUGCAGGAUUCCCAGGCAUAGGUACGGAGGUGGCUACUGGGUCAGCUUUGGUCUGGCGGGUGAAGAGGACGGGCGACCGCAGCCGUGCAUGCACGUGCAAGCGGUCGACUGCCUGCAGGUGCGCAUCGGCUAUGCUAUCCGCGCGGUGUGGCGUCGCAUUGAGUCUGUGUGGUGCUAUCGCCUUGGCCGGGCGCCCGGAGCGUGAGGAAUGCGCGUCAGCAAAA